AUGGAGUGGCUCAGUGCCAAGGAGUUCAAGGCCUUCUGGCGCAAGCUUGUAAAGUCUGGGUGGAAAGCGAGAAGGCCCAGGGACCUGAGCGUGGACUACACGUACGUGAAACCCGGCGUAACUGGAAAACUCAACGAUGCUGAACGCGGGGAAAACUAUUUUGUUGGAACAAAGGAACUGGAGGCCUUUGCACGACGGACGGGACUCUUGCCGCCAGCUGAACCUGUUGAAACCCUGUCAAGCGAGGCUAUCAGGACGCUACCGGAAACUGUGCAACCGUCUGCCGCCCGAACUAAAUCUUCUCGCCGUGGAAGUCGUGAACCAGCAGCCCGUGCCGCUCGUCCGACAACACCAGAACCCGUAUCAGUCUCACCAGCCGAAGCUUCCGAGUCAGCUGAGAGUCUUUCGACAGAAUAUCCUACGCAGGUGGCUGAAAUCGCGGAGAAAUCUUCAGACGACGAAGAGGAAGAAGCGAAGCGUGAUGAAGGUUCUGCUGAUGAUGUGGCUGUCUUUGACACGGAGAAUUUUAUGGAAGCACUGCGAUCAGAACAAUUAUUUGGUCCAGUGCCCGCGGAUGAUGUAAAUGUGUGUACGGAUGAUGAUCAAGGUGCCGACGAUGACGACGACGACGCUGAGGAUGACGGGGAUGCGUUAGGUGUGCCAGCUGCAUCUUUGGAGUACGAGAGUGAGGUGGAGUCUGACAGCGACUUUGAGGAUGACAGCGAUGCGUUUGCACAAGACGACGAUGCCAUGAGAGGUCUGCGGUGGCGCGUAUUCGACCAGAACAAAAGUGGCGCUGUGGGUGCACAUUGCAAGUGA